GAAGAGGUUAAGCGAUAACCAGCGCCAGGCCCGGGAGGGAAGGAGAGACGAGCCGUCCUUCUCCCACAGUUACCUACGGAGAUGAAUGGUGCAGUGGCCAUGGAGGCCACCAGGAGACGAACCAAGCCCAGUGCCGGUGGGAAAACAUCUGAACAGAGGGAGCAGCCAGCACAGUGGGGGAGAGCAUGGGAGGUGGACUGGUUUUCCCUGAUCAGCAUCAUCAGCCUCCUUUGCUUUGCUCCCUUUAUUGUCUUCUACUUUGUGAUGGCAUGUGAUCAGUACCAGUGCUCCAUCAGCCAGCCUCUGUUUGAGUUGUACCGAGGAGAGACCACGCUGCUCUCCAUCUGGGCCCGGGCACCCUCCUUCACCUCGGCAGCUGCCAAGAUAUAUGCCAUCUGGGUGGCCUUCCAGGUGUUCCUGUAUAUGUGUGUUCCAGAUGUUAUCCAUAGGUUUGUUCCUGGCUAUGCUGGUGGAGUGCAGGAUGGGGCACGAACCCCUGCUGGCCUGAUCAACAAGUAUGAGAUCAAUGGGCUGCAGUGCUGGCUGAUUACUCAUGCCCUGUGGUUUGCCAAUGCCCACUAUUUCCAUUGGUUUUCUCCCACCAUCAUCUUCGACAACUGGAUCCCUCUGAUGUGGUGCGCAAACAUACUGGGCUAUGCUGUUUCUACCUUUGCUUUCAUAAAGGCAUACCUUUUCCCCACCAGCUCCGAGGACUGCAAGUUCACAGGGAACAUAUUCUACAACUACAUGAUGGGCAUUGAGUUCAACCCGCGCAUCGGCGAGUGGUUUGACUUCAAGCUGUUCUUCAACGGCCGGCCCGGCAUCGUAGCUUGGACCCUCAUCAAUCUGUCCUACAUGGCCAAGCAGCAAGAACUGUACGGCCAAGUCACCAACUCCAUGAUUCUGGUCAAUGUACUGCAGGCCAUUUAUGUGUUGGAUUUCUUCUGGAAUGAGGCAUGGUACCUGAAAACCAUUGAUAUCUGCCAUGAUCACUUUGGAUGGUAUCUGGGCUGGGGAGACUGUGUCUGGCUGCCUUACCUCUACACACUGCAGGGUCUGUACCUGGUGUACCACCCAGUUCAGCUUUCUAACGCCCAUGCCCUGGCUGUCCUGUUGCUCGGCCUCGUCGGGUAUUACAUCUUCCGCUCCACCAACCACCAGAAGGACCUGUUCCGCCGCACGGAGGGCUCCUGCUCCAUCUGGGGCCGCAAGCCCGCAUACAUUGAGUGCUCGUACGGCUCUGCUGACGGUGGCGUCCACCGCAGCAAGCUCCUGACCUCAGGCUUCUGGGGCGUGGCCCGGCACUUGAACUACACCGGUGACCUGAUGGGUUCUCUGGCCUACUGUGCCGCCUGCGGCUUUGGCCACAUUCUGCCAUACUUCUACAUUGUUUAUAUGACAAUCCUGCUGGUCCACCGCUGUGUGCGUGAUGAGCACCGCUGCAGCAGCAAGUACGGCAAGGACUGGAAACGCUACACAGAUGCUGUGCCUUAUCGGCUGCUUCCGGGAGUGUUUUAGAGAGGAAGAGGGGAAAAGGAGGGAGGAAUGUAGGGGUGGGCGAUAGAUAGAUGAUAGAUACAGAAAAUUAUGUAAUUGGAAUGGGGUAGCAAGAUAAACUUUAGGUUGUGUUUAUGUAUGUGUGUUUUAUACAUAUCAAGAAUACACAACACUGAUAACACAGCAUUUCAUACAUGCUUUAAUUUGUAUGUAGUUCUCAUACAUGUAUGAACUGCUGUACGUGUGUUUAUACAGUACAGUGUAUUACUAUAUUUCUCUGCCUUAGUAAUGGCAAUUUGAUACACCAGUCGGAUGCUUUCUUCAUGCUGUGACAAUUUAACACAGUUAAACUAAUUUUUUUAAAAUAGCACAAUAUAUAGUUGGAGCUAGAAAGACCAAGCACAACUUAAACCAGCUCAAGCCAAAAUCAGGACCAGAAAGAGAGCCAGUUCAGUAAUGGAAUCAAUAACUAUUUUACACAAUGCUGUGACAUUCCCAUAAUGUAGUUUAGUAUGGGUCAUAUAGUAAUUUGAUUAAUUAAUUUUUCAGAUUAAUAAAUAGCAAGUUUGUCAGUUUGAGUCAUUUAUCAAACCAAAUACCAAAACAUGUUUGGUUCCAGUUUCUGAAAUAUGAGAAUUUGAUGCUUUCCUGUUUUAUAUCAUUGUAAAUUUAACACACUCUUUCUCAGAGAAAUAAGCAAUUUGAUGAUGACACUUUGAUAGGGGCUAUUCAUUGUUUUGGCUUUUGAAGCUGAAAUGAAUAAUCAUCAAUGACAGCUGACGUAUUUAUAAAUCAAUAUUAACUACAUUUCGUUGCUGCCGUACUGGUUUAAUGGACCAAAUGUAAUUGUUGGCUCUACUGAUGUGACCUGCCUCAUAAAAAGUUAUGUAAUCUUUGCAUAAAGGUUGUCUGAGUGCUUGGAUUGCUGCUUGGAUUAUUUGCUUGUCUUGUUGGUGAGAAUUUGCCCCAUUGUGGUUGAGAGAGCAUGCUCACAAAAUUCAGGUUUGUUAUAGAAAGGAUAACAAUGUAACAGCAGUGAACGGCACUCUCUAUUCUAUCUGAAUAACUGACUAAACCUGUAAAAAAUUCUCAAAUGUAACAGUCACAAGUUAGUUAGAUCAUUGUACUUGCUCCAUGUAAAACCAGCAUGUUGUCUUGAACGAAGUGAUAACCACGUAUGUCUUAACUCUGUGUUGAUAAAAAAUGUUUUUGCUAUGUCCAACCACCACAUUUGUUUUGUGUUGGAUUUUAUUUCCUUAUAUUUUCCUCAUGCCUGUCUUAUAGGGAUAAAGU